AUGCCCCGAGGGCAGAAGAGUAAGCUCCGUGCCCGUGAGAAGCGCCGCCAGGCCCGUGGUGAGAACCACACCAUGUCUACUGCUGAGACACCUAGCCUUCCGAUGGCACCAGAGACAGUCCCAUCCACUUCCAACACUACUGAAGCUUUUGCAGGCAUGAAUUUAGAUGAAGGUGCCAGAAGCCCAAGAGAAGAAAGACCAAAUAUCCCACGGGGCAUGGAGAAUAUCCGCAAAGAUCCUUUAAACAAAAAGGUCGCUUUGCUGGUACAGUUCCUUCUGCAAAAACAUCAAAAUAAAGAGCCAAUUACCAAGGCAGAUAUGCUGAAGUAUGUUAUCAAAAAGUACAAGGGCUACUUUGAUGAGAUAAUCAAGAGAACCUCUGAGCACUUGGAACUGGCCUUUGGUGUUGAUUUGAAGGAAGUAGAUCCUGUGAGGCAGUGCUACACCCUUGUUAGCAAGCUAAACCUCACCUGUAACGGUGUGCUGAUUCCAGACAGCAUGCCCAAGACCGGCCUCCUGAUGGUUGUCUUGAGUGUGAUCUUCAUGAAAGGCAACUGUGCUCCUGAAGAAGAAAUAUGGGAAGUAUUGAAUAUGAUGGGAGUGUAUGCUGAUAGAAGGCAUUUCAUCUAUGGAGACCCCAGGAAGAUCAUCCAGGAAGACUUCGUGCAGCUCAAGUACUUAGACUGCCGGCAGGUGCCCAACAGUGACCCCUUACAGUAUGAAUUCCGGUGGGGUCCCAGAGCCUGUGCUGAAACCACCAAGAUGCAAGUCUUGGAGUUUUUGGCCAAGAUCCAUGAUGCUCACCCCACGGAUUUCCCAAUCUGGUAUGAAGAAGCUUUGAAAGAUGAGGAAGAGAGAGCCCAAGCCAGAGUUGCAGCAUUGGCUCGUACUUCUGCCAUAUUUGCCAAGUGA